UCUCUUUUCCUGGGGUAGGGCAGUGCUGGCCUCUGUUGCAACUGCUUGCAAACUGCCAGGCUUGUGGCCCCACUUUGGACGGGCUCUGGCCAAGAGCACGCUGGAGGGGGCGGAUUCAGAAGAUGUAAGGGCAGGGUGUGUGUGCGCAAUUUUAACAAGGUUUGCAUGCUGGUCCUCUGCGAGAUAUGCCACUGCCACCAGGACCACGCUGUGGUGAGGACUCUGGUGGUGACCUACAUGGAUACCAUCAAGAAGGGAGAAGUUCCUUGCUUGGAGAAGCAGUGUUGGUGACAACACUGGCCCAGCGUGAGAACUCAGUGGCCGUGCAGAAGGCAGCCGACCACUACAGCGAGCAGAUGGCCCAGCGAGUGAGGUUCCCCACAGACACGCUCCAGGAGCUGCUGGAUGUGCAUGCGGACUGUGAGAGGGAAGCCAUUGCAGUCUUCAUGGAGCAUUCCUUCAAGGAUGACAAGCGGGAGUUACAGAAGACUUGUGGUGCUUUGUCUUAGCAUUGGUUCUUCCUGAUUCUUGCUCUUCUAACAUGAUGCCCAGAGUUCUACAUAUUCAGUCCAUAGCUCAUGUCUUAUUUGUGUUAAGUAGUAUGGACUCUCAUAGACAGAAUUCUAGAGGACUCUACUUCCAUCUUUUUUCUCAAAGCUUGGGAAACUUAUUAGGAUUUUCCAGAUCUCUCAAGCAGAAUCGGCAUUGAUUUCACCUUUAGUGAACAGUGGCAUGGUUCCAGAACUCGCUCAAGUCACUCUUGUGCUGGAGGCUCUUUAGGUAUACUCACUCCUAUUCCCAGAUAUUAAUUCCCUGGACACACUCACUUAGCAAGUUAUCCUUUAUGUUUACUUUUGUUUUAGUUGUGUCAUUAUACUAUUGAAGAUAGAAUCACAGGAUGCUACAACCUCUAGGAACUACAGAGAAUAGAUCAUGCAAUUUCAACACUUUACAGAUGAAAAAUUUGACACCCAAGAGGUUUAGAAGCUUUAGCAAGACUUGCAGAGAGAAUUUUUGGAGUUGGAAGUAAAACUCCUGGUUCUAGCUGCCUUGAUUAUGUUGCUUCACUAGAAUGCUUUUCUUGAGAGGACCACAGUUAGACCAGCCAUUUAGUAGAUUCUUUGGAAUUUGAUCUCCUCUGUUCCUUUCUUCUGGUGACAUCCCUGUAUAUUUCCUUGAAUGAAAUCAUAAAGGAUAAGCAGGAGGCUUUUUUUGGUUGCAGAACAAAGAGGCAUCUGUUGAAUGCUGCCAAACUUAACUUGAUCAGCUUUCGAAGGCCCUAAUAGCAAGUAUUUCAGCAGGAACUUUCUCUGUUCCUGGAGGGCACAAGCUCUUACAGGGAAGCAAAAGAAAAGUAGUGAAUGGAACUAUUUGCAAGUGCCCAGGAAAGGAGUGAAGGUGAGAAAUACAAGGAGCAUGGGAAGCCAACAGAAGACACUCAAGGGGCCUCCAGAAAAAUCUGAGAGCACAGCACCAGCUGUGAGUGAUAAGAUGGCAUGGGGAUAUCAGGGCAGAUUUAGCUUUUCAGGUCGACUAUGUGUUAUAUACUCCUUAGGAGAGUGGAAAUGCCCAUUCCCAAAAAAAGGAGUUUGGAUUUCUGAAAUCCACGUGAGACAGAGCAGAAAUUAUUUAUCUCUUCAUCCAACAGUAUGACCGUCCUUGUGCCAAGUGCUGAGGAUUUAUGAUGUAAAGUUAGAAUCUUUGCACUCAAGGCUGAUCAAAGUGAGAGAGUCAUACAAAUAGACAAUUGCACAGAGAGCGAGAACACUUAUGAACCUAUGAUCCUGGGCUGCAACGCUGGUAGUAAUAAAAUAAUAAACCAUAUACUGAACUAUUA